AUGGAGUACAACAUGUUCCAAGUAAGAUCACCUCCGGAUACAUCAAGCUGCAGCGUCGUCCGAGUGCUCAGAUACGUGCUCUCCUUGGUGAACAGCAACGUCAUGGGCGCUCUGUCGAUCGGUAGCAAGUUCGAAUCCGACCAAGGCAUUCGGGCCGUAUCGGUGUUCGUCGAAACGAGCUCCAAGUUGAUGAACCACGCCAUGGCUCACAGACUCCAUCUGGAUGUAUCCUUGCCUGCCCCUGUAACGUUCCCUGGCGGAAGUAGAAUCGGUUUCGGAUCCGUCGAUGUUGAAGCGAUAAUCUUGUGGAGGUUGAUAAGCCGAGUACUGGAGCUGCGGAUGGGAGUCCGUCAGUUCAGCAGCCACGAAAAGGAGUACGCCUAG